AUGCAACUCAGUUCGCCUAAUGGUUCUGAUGGCAACAUCAUUCACGAAACGACAAACAGCACAGAAUAUCACAGACUUUCACCUGGUAUGCUAAGUUCGCGAUUGUCCAUGACGGCCAGACAUCAAAGCAGAUCGCCUUCAAAAAGUCCAGAUGUAAUAGCCACAAAAGCAAUAACCAAAUCGUCCAAGACUUUUUCCUUUUCUGUGGACUCUUUGUUAUCAAAAGACAGGAAAUCCUCUAGUCCGGACUCUGUUAGGUCUGAAAAUAGCAACAAAACAGCUUUAAAUGGUUCCUCUAGUCGUCAAGUCAUGUCCGAUAUCCUAAGUAGAAGAUUCAGCGUGGACAGAAUUUUAGACCAUGGAAUGAAAACGACGGGUUUGAGUCCAGGUUGCCUGCCACCAACAUCUGUGACAAAAAAUGUGGGAUUAGGACAUCCAGAAACGAACUUAAGUACUUCUCCCUGGAGUCACCCCCUCAGUGUAGCUCUGCCUUGGUUUCAAAUGACGAGAUCCCUGUCCCCAAUUCAUAAACCUGGUGAACUACCGAAACUCCCUGCAGUGAAAUGUCAGUUGCGUAAACACAAGAGCAACCGAAAGCCCCGCACACCCUUCACAACUCAGCAACUAUUAGCUUUGGAACGAAAAUUUCGUUCGAAACAGUACCUAUCUAUCGCUGAACGGGCAGAAUUUUCCUCUUCAUUAAACCUCACGGAGACACAGGUGAAAAUUUGGUUCCAGAAUCGCCGAGCCAAGGAAAAGCGUCUCAAGGAAGCAGAAAUUGAGAAAUUGAGAAUGGCAGCUAGACCUCUGAUCCCUUCUUUUGGCUUUGGCGGACAUGGAUUUCUUGCUGGAGUACCACCACCAGCCCAUAUAGGCACAAAUGGAAUUCCUGUGUCAAGACCCUUUUUAGGACCUAUUAUGUCUCCUUAUCCAUUCUAUACGACGUCAACUUCCGGUAAUGUACCCUCUCCCAUGGCUACGGCCUGUCCCCAAUGA